AUGAUGUUCCAGGUGUCUAUACUUACUCCCUCACUCCCUACACCGAAACCCACACCGAGGAAGCUUCCCCCCCUCCGGAGCGCAGCACUCAUUGUGAAAGUCCCGGCGGGCGCCACCUACGAGGACACAGUCAGGUCCCUGCAGCAGUCGGGCGUCAACCCUGACGACUACGGGGCAACAAUCAACGGGAUCCGCAAGACCAGAGGGGGCGAUGUCAUGGUAGACCUGGGCAAGAGCAUAAAGUAA